AUGGAGAAUCACAACAUGUGGCCUUUUCAAGCACAUGCCUACACCAGAUCCAACAUAGCGAACAACCACAACCUGAGUCAAGUGGCAGGCGUGGAAAUGACGGCGUCAGAGGAGAUAUCGGUGGUCGCAGUGAUGGCGGUGGCCAGUGACAACAAUGGCCGCGGUAAUGGCGGCGUUAGAGGAAACGACGGUGGUCGUGGAAAUGACAUAGUAGACGAAUCAUCAGUGGUCACAAACAAUGACAAUUAUUUCAAUAUAGUCGACAAUGACCAAGAGGGUUCCUCAUACUCCUUCAAGGUCAAUAUUCCUAAGAUGAAUGCGAAUAACUAUAAGGAAUGGCCCCAAAUUGUUCGCUUGCUAUUGGACAUCAAAGAUAAGCUUGAUUUUUUAACACGAGCAGUAGCUGGACCGAUAGGAGGAGACAUUUUUUACAAACAAUGGAAAUGUGAAAACUCCUUGAUUGUUGCGUGGUUGGUAAGCUCUAUAGAAAUGGAAAUAGGUAAGUCUUACAUGUUUUUUCAUUCUGCCAAGGAUGUAUGA